AAUCACCCCUCUUGCGUUUUAGCUCCCUUGCAUUUUCUUCAUCUUAGAAAUGGCUAAUCUGUUGCAAAGGCUUCGUAGACGAACCGGGCCAAAGCCAGAUUAUAUUGAAGACAAGUUGGAUGAAUACAUUCGUGAAGAACAAGUUGAAGAAACAGGCGGAAGUAACCAGGAUUGUCCUCUUGGCGAGAUUGAAAAGAUUUUGGACCCAAUAUGCGAUAUCGUGUUGUAUUUAAUUAAACAUGUCGAUUAUUAUGUUUUUGUUGCUUCUCUUGUCUGGUUUAACGCUGCUAUGGACGUAUUCAUCGCUGAGAACGGAGCUCAUGAGUUUAUCGCCAUUCGUCCUGAAUGGAAAACUGUUGACCGGAUUAUUGCUUGCCGGGAAGGAGAUGAUGGGGAGGAGUAUCUGGUGAAGUACAAAGAACUUUCUUACAGAAAUAGUUACUGGGAAUCUGAAUCUGACAUCUCAGAUUUCCAGAAUGAAAUCCAAAGGUUUAAGGAUAUAAACUCUAGCUCUCGUAGAGAUAAAUAUGUCGAAAAUGAGAGAAAUCGAGAGGAAUUCAAACAGUUUGAUCUUACUCCUGAAUUUCUUACAGGCACAUUGCAUACAUACCAGCUCGAAGGGCUGAAUUUCCUAAGGUAUUCAUGGUCCAAGAAAACCAAUGUAAUCCUUGCGGAUGAAAUGGGACUAGGCAAAACUAUUCAGAGCAUUGCCUUCUUGGCCUCUUUGUUCGAGGAAAACUUAUCUCCUCAUCUAGUUGUUGCUCCUCUCUCAACCAUCCGUAACUGGGAGAGGGAAUUUGCCACCUGGGCACCACAUAUGAAUGUGGUUAUGUACACUGGGGAUUCGGAAGCACGUGAUGUUAUAUGGGAACAUGAGUUCUACUUCUCUGAAGGGCGUAAAAGUAAGUUUGAUGUCUUGCUCACGACGUAUGAGAUGGUUCACCCAGGGAUAUCAGUUCUGAGUCCAAUCAAGUGGACGUGCAUGAUUAUUGAUGAAGGCCAUCGGUUGAAAAAUCAGAAGUCAAAGCUGUACUCUUCAUUGAGUCAGUUUACAAGUAAGCAUAUCGUUCUGUUGACCGGAACACCACUUCAGAACAACUUGAAUGAACUUUUCGCUCUGAUGCAUUUUCUUGAUGCGGACAAGUUUGGGAGUUUGGAGAAGUUUCAAGAUAUAAAUAAAGAGGAGCAGAUUUCAAGACUCCACCAAAUGUUGGCUCCGCAUCUGCUCAGAAGGUUAAAGAAAGACGUGCUCAAGGAUAAGGUGCCCCCAAAGAAGGAGCUCAUUUUGCGUGUUGAUAUGAGCAGCCAGCAAAAAGAAGUGUACAAAGCUGUUAUUACCAAUAAUUAUCAAGUCUUGACAAAGAAACGAGAUGCUAAAAUAUCUAACGUGCUAAUGAAAUUACGCCAAGUUUGCUCUCAUCCGUAUCUGUUACCAGACUUUGAGCCAAGAUUUGAAGACGCAAAUGAAGCUUUUACAAAACUAUUGGAAGCUUCCGGAAAGUUGCAACUGUUAGACAAAAUGAUGGUCAAACUCAAAGAGCAGGGGCACAGAGUGCUAAUCUAUACCCAAUUCCAACACACCCUUUACCUUUUGGAAGACUACUUCACUUUCAAGAAUUGGAAUUAUGAACGGAUUGAUGGAAAGAUCAGUGGACCUGAGAGGCAAGUAAGAAUAGAUCGGUUUAAUGCAGAAAACUCGAACCGGUUCUGUUUUUUGCUCAGUACAAGAGCUGGUGGAAUAGGGAUAAACCUUGCAACAGCUGAUACAGUCAUCAUUUAUGACAGUGAUUGGAAUCCUCAUGCUGAUCUCCAGGCUAUGGCUAGAGUUCAUCGGCUUGGCCAAACAAAUAAGGUAAUGAUCUACAGACUGAUUCACAAAGGUACUGUAGAAGAACGGAUGAUGGAGAUAACCAAGAACAAGAUGCUUCUAGAGCAUCUCGUCGUGGGAAAACAACAUCUUUGUCAGGACGAGUUAGAUGACAUCAUCAAAUAUGGUUCCAAGGAACUUUUCUCUGAAGAGAAUGAUGAAGCAGGGAGGUCUGGAAAAAUCCAUUACGAUGAUGCUGCUAUCGAACAGUUGCUAGAUCGUAAUCAUGUAGAUGCUGUGGAGGUCUCACUGGAUGAUGAGGAGGAAACUGAUUUUUUAAAGAAUUUCAAGGUGGCUAGUUUUGAGUAUGUAGAUGAUGAAAAUGAGGCUGCAGCAUUAGAGGAGGCACAAGCUAUAGAAAACAAUUCUUCAGUAAGAAAUGCUGAUAGAACAAGUCACUGGAAAGAUUUGCUGAAAGACAAAUAUGAAGUGCAACAAGCUGAGGAGCUCAGUGCUCUUGGAAAGAGGAAGAGAAACGGCAAGCAGGUGAUGUAUGCUGAAGAUGAUCUUGAUGGUUUAGAAGAAAUCUCUGAUGAGGAGGACGAAUAUUGUCUUGAUGAUUUAAAAGUGACCUCUGAUGAGGAGGAGGAAGCAGAUGAACCCGAAGCAGCUCGACAGAGAAAGCCGAGGACGGUUACAAGGCCUUACAGAAAAAGGGCUCGCGAUAAUUCGGAGGAAAUACCUUUGAUGGAAGGCGAAGGGAGAUAUCUCAUGGUGCUGGGAUUUAACGAGACUGAGAGGGAUAUAUUUUUACGUACGUUUAAGAGGUAUGGAGCUGGAAACUUUGAUUGGAAGGAGUUUGUUAAUCCCUUAUACAUGAAGACCUAUGACGAGAUAAAUAAGUAUGGAAUCUUAUUUUUGAAACACAUUGCCGAAAACCCUACCGAUAAUUCUACAAAUUUUAAAGUUAUUACGGCAAUGGUCUAUGCAGAUGGAGUUCCCAAAGAAGGGAUAAGCAGUGACGAGCUACUAGUGAGCAUGACUUUUAUGAUGCUAGUAAAGGAGAAGUGUCAAUUUUUGGACAACCAUCCGACAGCACCUGUUUUCUCUAACUACGUCAUCAGUAAGUACAAUUUGAGAAAUGGAGCAUUUUCUAAGGAAGAACAUGAUAGGAUACUGAUUCCUGCUGUUUCCAAGCAUGGCUAUGGUAGAUGGGUGGCCAUCGUUGAAGACGAAGAGAUAGGGUUCCAAGAGGUUGCCUGCAAAGACCUGAAUAUCCCUUUCCCUCCUGAUACUAAAUCUGCUCGUAAAAGAAUUUGUGACCAUGUGGGAAAACGGGUUAAGAAGAUGGAGGAUGCCAUAAAGUAUGAGUACGCAGAAAAGAUACUUGCUGAACAAGCAAAAGCUGAAACAAAGGGAACAAGCUUUGUUGAUGCAGAAAAAGAAAUGCUUAAGAAUGAUCCCAUCACUUCAAAAAAAAAUUCUGCAACUGCCGUUGACAACAAGCAAGGCAGAGUUGAAAUGGCUCAAUCAUACGAUCAGAGUGUUAAUGAGAAGUCAGGUGAGUCAUUCCAGACAUAUUUAGAUAUUCAACCGCUGAAUCGAAUGCCGAGGGAGAGCUUUAAGCCUCUGGAACCUAUCAAUGAGGAAAUAAGCACUAGGCUAAGCGUUGGGACAGAUCAUGAUGUAGAGAUGGAUGCAGCGGAUAACAUCAUUGUGCUGGAUUGACAUCAAAAAUCAUUAUUACUUCUUUCAUGAUUGUGUUGAUCGUUGGCUGAUUUUCUUUACUAAGAUACCUUUUGCUGAUUUUUUUUUUUUUGUUUGUCAAAGUUACCUUUUGCUGAAUUUUAAUUACUAAGUUACCUUUUGCUAAAUUUGUUUGCAUACAGCGUAGUUGUCUUGAGUUGCAGAGUAUCAUAUUUGUCCAUUUAUAGUUUCUUAGGUAUAAAGCGUAUAUGAACCA